AUGCAGGCGGCGACUCGUGGAAAGAUUAUAACACAUCCAAAUGGCCAAACCACUCAUCUCAUCAUUGACAACUUCACGGACCCGUGGCUGCCAUGCGAAACCAUUCUGAUCCAGCACGGAUUUGCUCGACAUGCCGCCUUCUGGUACCAUUGGGUACCUGCUCUUGCAAGAAAAUAUCGAGUUAUCAGACGUGACACUCGUGGCCAUGGAUACUCUAGUACACCAGAUGAACGGACCUACGAUUACUCCUUUGACACAAUCUGUGAGGAGAUAGUGGACACACUGGACCAACUUGGGAUUCGUCAGGUUCACUUCCUCGGAGAAUUAACCAGCGGCAUGGUCGGUGAAUUCUUCGCAUGCAAGCAUGCCGAACGAGUCAAAUCUCUGAUUAUUUGCUCUUCUCCGACAUUUCUGCCCCCGAAGGCUCUAUCAUUAUUUGCAUUUGGCCACAAAGACUGGCCUACAGCUUGCCAUCAGGUCGGAGUAUCAUCGGCUGAGGGGCUGGCCGGUUACGCCAAAUUCCUAUCUUCUCUGGACUCGAGAGGAGUCCUUUCACAGAUCAAGGUCCCUAUGCUCAUUCUUGCUCCAGCGAAGAGCGCGGCAACCAAGUUAGAAGAGCAGCGAGGAAUCAAGCAAACUGUUGAACAAGCUCAACUCGAAGUCAUAAAUGGAAAGGGCCACGAGAUCUACGGGGAAAUGCCUGGAGCAUGCCAGCAGUCGGUGCUCACAUUCCUUUCUCAGAUAAAAUAA